AGCACACUCCUAUCCAACUCUCCACAACCUACAAUGGCUAGCAGACAACCCUCCCGAAAAGGUAAAAAGGCCUGGCGCAAGAACGUCGACGUCACCGAUGUCAGUGCCGGCCUCGAGAGUCUCCGCGAAGAGAUAAUUCAAGGGUAACUCACCUCCCACUCUAUGUCAGUCCAUCUAGUUAGUUUUUUCUACAGCGGCUGAGCGAAUUGUAUAGUGGAGUUGUCAAGGAAAAGGCCGAUAACCAGCUCUUCACCAUAGACACCACGGGCGAUGCCGCUAUCGCAAAGUCAUUCACGAGAAAGCUCAAAUCCGACGAGAUUCUGUCAUCCCGCAGUGCUCUGUCAGCGAUCGAGGGGAGAAAGCGGGUCCACUCCACGACCGCAUCUACAACCCAUGGCACUGGCAUCCUCCCUGUUAAAAAGCGCCGCAGCAAUGGCGUUUCCCAUAGUGACCUCGAACGCCUCCGCUCCAUCGCCGCAAACCCCUCAUCCCACCACAACCCCUUUGACAAAGAUGCCCCAGAGCUGAAGAUAGAUUACGACCCUUGGGGGACGCCCAUAGCGAGGCCAGAGGAGAAGCUAGCGGAGCAGUAUAAAUCCAAGGGGCUAACCUUCCUAGAAGCGCCAGCGGCGAUUAAAGAACCGAAAACGCUGAAGCAACCACCCAUAUCCCUCACCCAGACUGGAAAACCGGUUCCAGCUGUGCGCCUCCCGGAGGCGGGAAUAAGUUACAAUCCGGAAUUCGAGAAAUGGGACAUGCUUCUCCGCACGGAGGGGGAGAAGGCGGUUGAUGAGGAGAGGAAGCGCUUGGAGGAGGUCAAGGAGUGCGAGCGGAUAAAAGCCCUGGCACUAAUACCAGAACCCGAGCCUGCCAGCGGAAGCGAGAGUGACGGCAGCAGCGAUGGAGAAACUCCAGUCAUCAAGAGGAAACAACCAAAACGCAAAACCCAAGCUCAACGCAAUAAGCAACUCCGCCGAAAGUCCCAGGAGUUAUCCAUGCUCCGGGCAAAACUGGCAAAAAAACAGGCGGCGGAGUUGUCGCUCGUACGGAAGUACGCUAAGGAUGCUGAACUUCGGACUCGCGCUCUCACGCUCGCUAAGGGUAAACAUGUGGAGGACGACGAGAAGAAUCCAAAACUCAUGCGCAAGCGCAGGUUCGGGAAGGUCGGGAUGGGGAAGGUGCCGUUGGAACUUCAGCUGCCCGAGGAGCUGGCGGACUCGCUAAGGACGUUGAAGCCUGAAGGGAGUUUGCUCAGGGACAGGUUUCGCAGUCUGAGGGAGAGAGGGGUCGUGGAGAGUAGAGUUAGGGCGGUGGAGGGGAGGAGGUAUGCCAAGAAGGCUACUGAGAAGUGGAGUUAUAAGGACUUUAAGUAAGGGUUCGGAAGUCUGGAUAGAUUGGGAAGUGUGUGGUGUAUAAAAAUUAAUUGCACAUACUAUAAUUAUUAUU